UUUAUCUUCAUGGUCCUCAAGAAUUAAGAAAACCAAUCCAUUUCUAAAUAUUACAUUUUUAUUUUUCCUGAAAACUCGUAUAAAUUUUGUAAUAAGUAUUUACAUUGGAUACUGAGUGAAUUUUUGUCGGGAAACGAAUAAGCUCAGGUUUCACGUUUAAAGGCCUUACGUGUGGGUGUAGAGGAGGUGAAAACGCUGCUGAUGGAUGCUCACGUGGCGUGGCUCCCAAACAGUGUAUGGGUUGGUUAACGUGAAAAAAGGGGUGGAAGUUAAUUGAGAAACAAAUGACACGCUAGUGCCGGAGUUUUGGUCAAACAUAUAAGUAUUGUCCCACAGCUGAGCACAGGAGUACUAAUCACCUGUUAGACGAAGAUCCUGUCUCUUGUGUUGGUGGCAACAUGAGUUGGAGCUUCUUGACACGUUUGCUCGACGAGAUCUCCAACCAUUCCACUUUUGUGGGAAAGAUCUGGCUCACACUCCUCAUUAUCUUCCGAAUUGUUCUGACAGUGGUGGGCGGUGAAACCAUCUAUCAUGAUGAACAGAGCAAAUUUGUAUGCAAUACUGCACAACCUGGUUGUGAAAACGUAUGCUAUGAUGCAUUUGCCCCUCUAUCACACGUCCGAUUCUGGGUUUUUCAAAUCAUUAUGAUCACCACGCCAUCCAUUAUGUACCUCGGCUUUGCCAUGCACAAAAUCGCUCGAAUGGCCGAUGACGAAUACCGACCACGUAAGCGCAAACUGCUGUCUAUGGUUCAUCGCGGAGCGAGUCGUGACUAUGACGAGGUUGACGAAAUGGAUGAUGAAGUUCCCAUGAUCUUGGAGGAGAUUGAGCCCUCUGAAAAGGAUGGUAAAGCUGUAGCUGCAUCCAAGUCUGCUCCUGCAUCUGAUGCUAAGUCUGCGAAGCAUGACGGCCGUCGUCGCAUCAAGAGAGAUGGUCUUAUGAAGGUGUAUGUGCUACAGUUGCUCUCUCGUGUUGCCUUUGAGAUCGCCUUCCUUUUUGGUCAGUAUGUUCUGUACGGUUUUGAAGUGAUGCCAUCCUACAUUUGCACCAGAAGCCCAUGCCCACACACCGUGGACUGCUUUGUCUCACGUCCUACUGAAAAGACCAUCUUCCUGGUCAUCAUGUAUGUUGUCAGUAUUCUCUGCCUGGCGCUGACUGUGCUGGAAAUCCUUCAUCUGGGAAUUGGAGGUGUGAGGGACACUCUCCGUAGUCGAUCGGCUCGGAGACUCCCCAUACAUAGGCCGUCCACAUCCACUAUUUGUCACCGCCUGACCAGUCCACCUCCGGGUUAUCAGGCUGUCCUGAAAAAGGACUCUACUGGCAAGCUUAAGACAGAGUUCAUGGGAGACUCGGGAAGGGAGUCACUGGGUGAUGAUGCUGGCCGUGAUCUAGAGCGUCUACGGAGACACCUGAAAAUGGCACAGCGUCAUCUGGACCAGGCUUACCACUCUGAGGAUGUAGCGGCUUCGCAUAGCAGCGGUCCAGAUUCGAACAGCAUUGCCGUUGAGCAAAACCGACUAAACCUAGCUCAGGAGGGCUAUGUUGGCACUGAGGGAAAAGAGGGUCAUGCUUGAAGAGACUAAUGGCUUUCCAUCGAACAAUCCAACUCCAGGCCGAAAUGCAAAUUUUGGUGGGCAGUUGAUGACAAGAUUUGGUGUAUUUUUCCUGUUCACCUGGCGCUGAAUAGAUCAACUCAAGGCUGAGAUACAAAUAAUGGAGAGCAGUUAUUGAUGAGAUUUUGUGUGCUCCUCUAAAUGCAUAUCAGAAAAAGUAUUACUUACAGUAUUAAGGCCAUACAGUAGCUGCUAUAGUUAAAAACUAGAGAAACACCAGCUCUUAAAAUCCACACUACUGUACUUCCCAAGCAAUUAUAUUUGUUCAUAGUGUUGUUUAUAACAGCAGCAUGAGAACAAAGACACAGUCCCUUUUUAUUUUAUAUAUAGUGUUCAUUAUUAUCAAUUUUAGCAAACCAGUAUUAAUUUAGCUGAAUUCACAGAUCAUCCUGUUCAGGUAAUUACAAUGAAAUGAAAGAUCUAUGUGUCCCCAUCUGAAAAAGUGUUUGGGUUUUAUGUUUUGUUGUUUUUUUGAUUGGAGCACAGUCUGCCUGUGUGGUCUAAUAUUUUUGUAACAUUGUCCUGUAUGUAAAUGUCAUAAGUUGAGAGAAGACCUUUUUUCAACAGUAGCAAGGGCACAAUAAAUGUUGUCUGUUUGUCUUGUUGAUAUGCAUUUUGAGGAUUUUGUAUUUAGAACUUUUGAAUAAAAUGAUUGCAAUACAUGUGCAUCUGACCGGAUAUAAAAAAAUAUAUAUAUAAAGAACCUGGAAAAUGCUUGAAGUGAUUAUUGAAUGGUUUCAUGCUCUGUAUUAUUGUUAAAAGUACAAAGUUAAAAAAAAAAAUCUAUUCAACAUGCUGUUAUAUCUGUUGUUUUACAUCUUAGGAAAUCAGUGGUACUUUGGCAAGUAUGUUUGAAAUGUAGACUCAUUAGUUAAAGACUCAUUAUUAGUUUUAGAUGAAUGAUUGUUUUCCCUCAUUUGUAAGUCACUUUGCAUACAGCCUUUAAGAAUAAAGGUGUCCUUUGAUUCUUA